GUCGGCUAGUCCUAGUGCCUUUGCAACGGGGAGAAGCGAGAAACCUUGGCAACGAUAGCGCUUUGACAGGAGAGAGACAGAGAAGGGACGGGCAACGGUCGAUGAGGCCUGUAAUCAUUUUGUUCUUCACGAAAAAAAGCUUAUGAUCUCUUUCUCUCUUUCUUUUUAGUUUUUUAUGUUCUGUUAUUAAUCGGUUAAAAAGGAGAGAGGUGUAAAGCUAAUUGAGUUUUUGAGUGGAAAGUAACACGAGGAGGAAUCUGUAGCUGCCAGUAAAUGCCUUUUUGAGCUUUCAAAAACACCAUGGCUGACGAUCUAAGCUGCUUCUCCAAGGAUUCUUUCCUCAUAAAAGGUCCAAAGAAUUCUCCCUUGGUGUUGAGGUUGAUUGUCUUAAUGUUUGCAAUGGUUUGUGGUGUGUAUAUAUGCUCAAUUUGCCUAAAGCAAAUUGGAACCAACAAUACAGCUGGGUUCCUGACGGUUGAACCGAUACAAAAACCGUGUCCAGAACCUAACAUUGAACCCUGGGAAGUACCAUAUGUUCACUAUCCAAAACCGAAAACUUUUAGCAGGGCUGAAUGUGACUGCAAACCUGUACGAUAUUUUGCCAUUUUGUCAAUGCAGCGAUCUGGGAGUGGGUGGUUUGAGACAUUAUUGAAUAGCCAUACUAACAUAAGCUCGAACGGGGAAAUUUUUUCUAAUAAAAUUAGGAGGAGUAAUGUUUCAAUGAUUGUGAAGACUUUGGACCAAGUUUACAAUCUAGACUGGUUGAGUAGUGCCUCUAAGAACGAGUGCACAGCUGCUAUAGGCUUGAAGUGGAUGCUUAAUCAGGGUGUGAUGCAACAUCAUAAAGAAAUUGUAGAGUACUUCAAAACUCAGGGUGUUUCAGCCAUUUUUCUAUUCCGGCGAAAUCUUCUGCGCAGGAUGAUUUCAAUACUCGCAAAUUUAUAUGAUCGGGAGGCUAAGCUAUUAAAUGGGACGCACAAGUCUCAUGUACAUUCUCCCAACGAGGCAGAGAUACUUGCAAGCUACAAGCCUCUGAUCAAUACAACAUUGCUGUUGCCCAAUCUGAGGCAGGUGGAAGAGACAACUGCCAAAGCUUUGGAGUACUUCAACAGCACACGGCAUAUUAUCGUAUUCUAUGAGGAUAUAGUCAAAAACCGCACUAAAUUAAUAGAUGUUCAAGAAUUUCUAAGGGUUCCGCACAAAAACUUGAGGAGUCGUCAAGUGAAGAUACAUAAAGGGUCUCUACAAAACCAUGUUCAAAACUGGGAUGAUAUUCAGAAGGCGCUUAAAGGAACCCCUUACGAAAGUUUCCUCCAUGGCGAUUAUCGAAAGUAAAGAUUCGGGAUCAUGUACAUACAUAUUUUUGGCUAACAUGGUCCGACAGGAAGCUUGCCCUGUCGAAAUUUUGGCUGCAGCUGAGCAUUUAACUGCUGCUUCUGUUUUUUUUUCCUUCUUCUUUCUUUUCUGUAAUCUUAGCACGGCAACUAAAUAUUUCAUUAAUUAUUUUCUUCCUUUCAAGCAGAGAAGGUUGUGUAUUGGAGCUGAUUUAGAAGUAAAAAUUGCAGUUUUCACUUUGCAA